AUGAGAUAUCAACGAAAUGAUUAUUCAUUCAGUGCGUUUGGUGACAGAGAUAGCUCUGGUAGUCAAUGGCUAACAGCUUAUGUAGUAAGAACAUUCAGUGAAGCUCGUCAAUACAUCUAUGUUGAUGAAAAAAUAUUAGAGUAUGCUGUUAAUUACUUGAUAAAUAAUCAGAAUGAAGACGGUACUUUUAAUGAAUCUGGCCGUGUUUUUAGUAAAGCAUUAAAGGGCAGUUCAUUUGAUGGAAAUGGUUUGAAUGCAUUUACAUUGAUCGCUCUUUCUGAAGCUCAACAGUUUGUAAAUAAUCUCAACAGUAUGAACAAGUCCAUCCACCAACUAGAAACAGCAUCUGAAACAAUGACCAACAUAUAUAAUCUCGCUAUUACGGCUUAUGCUUUAUAUGUAGCUGGAAGUACGAAGUCAUCAACUAUCUUACAGAAGCUGGAAUCUAUACAAAUUACUAAAGAUGGUAUGGUAUAUUGGGAAGUUGUUAUUGAGGCUGACAGAGUUCAGUAUUACUGGAAUCCACCACACAAACAAAGUAGUCCGGUUAAUAUUGAGACUGCUGCUUAUAUUUUACUUACUUACUCUAAAAUGGGAGAAAAAGAAAAAGGUAUACCUAUAAUGAAGUGGUUACUUUCACAACAAAACAGCAAUGGUGGUUACUCCUCUACGCAGGAUACAGUGGUAGCAUUUCAAGCUUUGUCACAAUUUGCUUGUCUAUUACAUGGUGGAAGUUACGAUAUAACUCUAAAUGUAUUUGCAUGCAGACAAAAUAAAACCUGGAAUCUUUCUUCCAGUGAAGAAUCCAAAUGGAAGACCUGUGAAACCACAGAUAGUAUUGAUAUCGAGGCUUCAGGUACGGGUAGUGGAAUCGUCAUGGUUGGGAAUACACCAAUGUGUCUAAAACUAAGACUAGUAAAAGGUGAAGUUGUUGGAAAAGUGAAACCAGGUUUUGUUACUAUAACAGAUUAUUAUAAUCCGGAGAAUAGUGUUACAGUCUCCUACAAGUCAUCUAUAGGUGAAAAUGCUCCGGUUUGUGCUCUGUGUCCACAAGGAGUCUGUGGUGAAUGUAAGGUUGCAUAUCACGGUUGA